AUGGCGGUCCACCACUGUAGGGAUGGCCGCCGCCACAUGGUCGCACGGCCAGAGCCCGUCCCAGGAAUGGGCCCAAGGCCUACGGUAGCAAACGUACAUGUGCAUGGGCCACUCGCCGCCAGAAGGCAGCAUCCUCCAUAUGCUCGGCUGUGGCUAAGGGCACUAUUCCUCAGAGCGAAUGUGCAUCAGGUUGUCAACAAUCCGACUCCGUCGGAGGGUGCACCAGCCACCGUGGGGCCGUCGGCGUCCCAGGCAGCUUCCCAGGCCACCGCAGCAGUGCGUCGCAUUGAGAUUGAUUUGAGUGUGGUUGGCAGUGACACAGGCAGUGGAGGCAUUCACAUGAUCACACAGGCGAUGUCCGCGCUGAGACCGGACCAGGUGCUGCUCGAGCCAUACCCGAGCGAUGAGGUGCUACUCGAGCCGAACCCGAGUGAGGCGAUGUCCGCGCCCAGACCGGACCAGGUGCUGCUCGAGCCCUACCCGAGCAAGGCGACGUCCGCGCCCAAACCGGACUUGGUGCCACUCGAGCCUUUCCCGAGUGAAUUCAUUGAUCUUGUGCAUGCCACACUCCCUGCCAUGACCGUGCCUGAUCCUCUUGUGCGCAACUUUGAGCAAGCUGCCCCAAUGUAUGACAUGAGCUACAGCGACAGUGAUGGGGAAUGGACGUUUGCGAGUGGAUCCUUGAGUGUUGUGACUUUUGCCCCAGAGCAUCAGGUGUGUGCCGUCCAUCAGGAUGUUGAGAUCAUUCUUGACAGUGGGGCCGAUCACUCGUGCCUUCCUUCGGCCUUUGGUUCCACUGGGACCGCAGCGCCGCCAUUGCAGGCGACGUUCCGUGAUGCACAGGGGAAUGUGAUUUCUCCUACGUCGGUGCGCAAUGCAAAGCUUGACUUGGGACCCUUGACCAUAACGGAAACCUGGUUGAUAGGCCCCGUGACUACCCCCUUGUUGAGCUUAGGCAAGCUUUACCGCCAAGGGUUUACGGUUGGCCGUGUGAACAAUGAGCUAAAGCUUUUCCGUGAGGGAGAUGAGGACUAUGGGGUCCCCGUGUUCAUGAAGCACAACUCCUUGUGUGUCAGGGGUAGCAUCAGAAUCAUGCAGAGCGAUGCACCGCAGGCGGGGCAGGCGGGGCAUCCGCCAGCUAGUCGCAGUGAACGUCAUGCACCACAAUCGCAAACCAGUUCCGGUGAACUCCAUGCACCACAAUUGCAGACCAGUCCGUGUGAACUUCAUGCACCACAAUCGCAGACCAGUCCCUGUGUACUUCAUGCACCACAAUCGCAGUCCAGCUCACCUCAGGGCGAUUUUCACGUGAAUGCAUUGACUGUGGCGUUGCGUGGCCCUUGGUUGUCGCUCAAGGCGCCGUUUGUGCAGAUUGACACAGGUCUGGUGGCGAACAAGUGCACAAGCCUGUGCUACGUUGAUUGCACAUUGGCUUUCCCUAGCCUGCCGAUUGCUUUCAGGACCACAUUGCACAACAGCCCGCAUGGCUGGACGUUGCAUACGCUGAAUGAGGAUCUGUCAACUUUGGAUGAUUUUGAGGCUAGGUUCGAGGCUGCAUUUCCAAGGCCCAAGAUGUAUGAGACCAUUACGAUUGGUUCCACGUACCGGCUUGAUGUUCGCCAGUUGUUCCCCGAGCACUCUGAUCACCCACUUGUGCCGGUGCCAGUGCCAGAGGAGUCAGAUGAUGAUCCGUCUCUCGAUGCUGCCAUGGAUGUGGAUGUCAACGUUGAUGCAGGUGGCAUUAUCUUGGAAGCCAACGGAGAAGCGGCAGAUGAGGGCGAGUCUCCCGGUGAAGCGGGUAACGCUCCCGGAAGUGAAGCGGUUAACGCCACGCUCCCGGCGAGAAGCCUGUUGUCGUUGAUGGCAUUGAGUUGA